UUCUGGGCCCCCUGCCGCUCCUCCCUAGGCACCUCCCCGGCCCCGCCCACGGUCUCCUACUGGACUUGGGACUGCGUCAUAAGUAUCCCCAGACCUGGGCUUGCAGCAGCUUCAGGCAAGCAGGGAGAAAGUAGGUGCUGCUUCGGCAAGCACAAUCCCCUAGUCUUCCAACCUGCAGCCCAGGACGCUGAUUCGAGCCGCGCCUUACCGCGCAGCCCGAAGAUUCACCAUGGUGAAGAUCGCCUUCAACACCCCGACUGCGGUGCAAAAGGAGGAGGCACGGCAAGAUGUGGAGGCACUUGUGAGCCGCACUGUCCGAGCUCAGAUCCUGACUGGCAAGGAGCUCAGAGUUGCCACACAGGAAAAAGACAACUCCUCUGGGAGAUGUAUGCUUACUCUCUUAGGCCUUUCGUUCAUCUUGGCGGGACUGAUUGUUGGCGGAGCAUGCAUUUACAAGUACUUCAUGCCCAAGAGCACUAUUUACCAUGGAGAGAUGUGCUUCUUUGAUUCUGAUGAUCCUGUGAAUUCCCUUCAUGGAGGAGAGCCAUACUUCCUGCCUGUGACUGAAGAGGCUGAUAUUCGUGAGGAUGACAAUAUUGCCAUCAUUGAUGUGCCUGUUCCCAGUUUCUCCGAUAGUGAUCCUGCAGCAAUUAUUCAUGACUUUGAGAAGGGAAUGACUGCUUACCUGGACUUGCUUUUGGGAAACUGUUACUUGAUGCCCCUCAAUACCUCCAUUGUUAUGACUCCCAAGAAUCUGGUGGAGCUUUUUGGCAAACUGGCAAGUGGCAAAUACUUGCCUCACACUUACGUGGUUCGUGAAGACCUGGUUGCUGUGGAGGAAAUUCGUGAUGUUAGUAACCUUGGCAUCUUUAUUUAUCAACUUUGCAACAACAGAAAAUCCUUCCGCCUUCGACGUAGAGACCUCUUGCUGGGUUUCAACAAGCGUGCCAUUGAUAAGUGCUGGAAGAUUAGACAUUUCCCCAAUGAAUUUAUUGUUGAGACCAAGAUCUGUCAGGAGUGAAAGAUGGUGGAUAAAGGGUAUCCUGGGUAAUCAGAAGUCAGAUUUGUAAUAUGACUUUGACAUUAAAGUUUAUGGGAUACUCAAGAUACAUACUCAUACAUUUACUCUAUUGCUUAUACUGAAAAGGAAAGGGGGGAGAAAACUACUAACCACUGCAAGCUAUUGUCAAGUUUGAGUUUAAUUGACGUUGCUUGCUGUUUGCAACGAAUUAAACGAUUAUCUUUUUUCUUUUGAAUUUAUAGGGUUUAGAGUUCUGAAAGCAGCAUGAAUAUGUCAGCUAACAUCCUGACAAUAAGUUCCAUCCUCCAUUUUUAUUUAAAGCAAGCUCUCGACUAAAUUGUAUUGAUAGAGCAUGCUUUAAUAUUUUUUGAUGUUUUUGUGUAAAGCAUGUCGAACCUCUUAACAUUCUUUUGUUUUCUUUUUCAUUUUGUUUAACUUUUCUGAUUACAGAAAUUACAUUUCUGCAUUUCUAUCAGGUGCUGUGUAACAAAUCUGACUUAUAUGUGAACAAAUUUCAUGAGAAAGUGAAUUUUACUCAUGUAAUGAUUCUUUCUCACUGAUAUCUGUAUUAUGAAAUCCACAAAACUGUACAGGUGCUGAAUGCUGUAAGGAAGUUUGGUUGUAUGAAUUCUACAACCCUAUAAUAAAGUUUACCAUAUCCAA